AUUGACAACUAGAAAAGUCAAAAUGCGACACUAGUGGGAAGUAGAAGCAACUACGUAUACACAUCAAAAAUCGGGAUCCAUAAGCAUUACAUGUGUUUUCAAUCAGCACUCAAGUUCUAACCAAAAAAUUGAAAGCCAAAAGCGAAAACAAAGAUCCAAAGACUGCUGUAUUCCUCACAAUUCCAGGAUUAAGUGCAGAAUCCACCCAAAUGGAUAUUUCUAUUUCAUUCUAUGACAUAGUGCAGUACUUUGAUGGGGUGAAGAGGUCCAUUAAGGAAGGAGAGGAAAUAGUGAAGGCAGGCUGGGUGUAUGCUAUUGGCCUAUCACCACCUCCUUCUACAAACGAAGUCACAGCCAUAGUUGUUGCUGUCUCUUCCAUGACCUCGAAGCCCCAUGAAGUUAAAUUGAAAACUCUUCAUAAAGAUCAUCUCUCAUGGACAUGCACUUGCUCCUGCAAAGCUGGCUGUGGCAGUAAGUGCAAACACAUAGCUGCUUGCCUAAUUUAUAUCCACAAAUAUCCACACUUAGAUAUAAUAAGUUCUACGGAGAUAACCCAAAAGUGGGGUAAGUUAGGCAAGCAGUUUGCCACUCAGUUUUGCUCCGUAGAUGCAAGUGAUCUCUGCCACUGCCGAAGACAGAUAAAAGUUUUCGAGGAUGUUGUGAAUGAAGAUAUUCAAAAAGAAAUUUUUCAAGGUUUACUUGCUGGUAAUUUACGAUGCGUUUUUAUCAUGAUGAAGGAUCCUCCAUUGAAAUUAUCUGUGUUUUUUUUUUAGUUCUAUAAAAAUGUUUCUUUAAUUCGACAGUUUUUGUUUUGUUAUUGCUUGUAAAGUGUAAAGUAUAUUUUUAAUUGUGCUUUUUUGUUUUUUUAUUUACUAACAAUUUUUCGCUACUAAGUCGACAGUAUU